UUUAGCGGCCAAACAAAAUUUAUGAAAUAUUUAAUGUAAAACAUGGUAAAUAUAAUAUUUAACGUUACUAUAUUUUUGAAAAAUGUUGUGUAUUGUUUAAACAAUUUGAAAUCUAUUUAAAAUGUGACAUUCUUGCAAAAAUCAUUGUUAUUAGUGUGCAUGAAAGUGUUUGCAAUGGAAGAAUUAAGAUCUAAACAUAAAACUAUUCAAAACGCGGCUCAUCAUAUCGCCUUGGAGUGUAUUCAUCCUCAGUAUCGUUUGUCGUAUGUCUGUGCUUGGACCAGCAGUCGGCCCACGGCUCCCCGUACCACGUGCACCCUUACCCCUCCCCCGUCCGUCUCCAGCAUGCCUUUCAGAGCCAGAGCCCGAAGAUGUUCCAUCCGAAAGGGCUCAAACCGCACCUCGAUUCCCGAGUUACGCCCAACGACAGCCCUAUACUGGGGCGGGCGCUAUGCCUCACGCCCCGGGGCAGCCCCGUCCCGGGCAGGGUCUCCCACCUCAACGAGAAGUUCCAGGACUCCCUGACCCUGACCUCGGACACUGACGCGCUGGUGGCAAAGAUAAGCGCCAUGUUUCCUACUGUUAGCGAAACACAUAUCAAGAUAUUGUUGAAGAAAUAUUACAAUCGCGAAGCAGUAGUCAUAAGCGCGCUGCAAGUCGAGAAGCAUCCGAUCACUACGCCCGGUCCACUCACGAUGUCUCCGUCGGCUUCGAGACUGCAGAAAAGCGCCGUCGGGUCGCCGUCGCUGCUCCGGCCGGCCUCCGGGGCCUCCAGCUACUACGGCACCAACCGGUCCACCAUCACGGAGGGCAGCAGGCAUCACUCGCCAAAGAUGAAGCUCAAGUACCUGAAAAGUAUAUUUCCCAAAGCCGAAGAGACACUUAUACUAGACGUGCUUGCAAAUAAAGACAACAAUGUUCAGAAGGCUAGUGAAGAGCUCAUUUCGAUGGGUUUCAACAAAAAGGAGACAGUUAUUGUUAAAGAAAAGAAGAAGGAGAAAGAAACACCACAGCCGCCCAAGAAAGUGGUCACCAUAAUGAAGACUUUGGAAGAAAAAAAUCAGUUAAAACGUAAGCUGCAAAAUAAAUACAGCUCAAUCGCUGAGCGAGUGAUCUCUAUCGCCCUAGAAAGUGUAGAGUAUAAUGAAGAUAGGGCUGAGCAGAUCCUAUCAGCCGUCUUACAAGAGGAAGACGCCCCGAAGGUCACCAUGAACUUGGAAGUCAAGGAUUACAGGCGACCAUGCCCUGCCGACACUAAGAAAGGUUUGUGUGCCAGCGAUGAGGCGCGGGACCCGAGCCCCCUGCCCGCAGUACCCGCCACGCGCCGCCUCAAGACUUGGACCGAGCAUUUGAAACCGAUUUUGAAAUCGAGUACUAAUUCGGAGACGAAACACAAGUCGCAGUAUUGUGUGGCGAAGAGUGGACCCAACCCCACGCUCAGACAGGGGCCUAAUGAUAGUUUACUUUUAUUGGAUUACUUGGCGUGGAAUGGUCCGAACCCUGACCUUCGUUCAGGGCAGGCGGUCAAGGCCGAGGGCCCUGAGGCCAAGGACCGGUCCGUGUCCCUGGCCCGGGGGGCCUCGGGCCUCGCCAAGGGCCCAGCGGGACUGGCCAAAGGGUCCAUAUACCAGAAGUUGAACAAGAAAACUGCAAAAAUAGUUGCCUGAAAUGAUUGAGAACCUACGGAAUGUUAGUUGAGUGAGUUUAACAAGAAAUUCGGGACAAUUUAUCACUCGAUAAUCUUAUUUACUUAGUACAAUUGGCGAAGAAAUUGUAAUUACCGCAUGCAUAUACCUAGGUCACGACAGUAUGACCCGCGUUAAUUAAAGUUUUCGCUAGAGAAUUUUCCUAAUACUUACAAUCCGAUGAAUGAUUUUCAUUAUUCGCUACGCAAAAUGAUUGAUCUGAUUUUUAGGUAUAGUAUUUGUCGUAAGUUGUCAUACUACUACGUGAAUUAUGAAAAGAAUUUGUUGGAAAAAAAAUCGAUUACGAUUUGGCUUAUGGAAACAAUCGGUGGUCCAUUCAAGUUAUUAAAUUAAACUUGAAUUAACUCUCUUGAAUCCUCACGAGAGCGAGACCUGUUUUGUUUAAUUUCAAUUUAUCGAUUAUUUUAUUAAGUUUAAAAAAAUAUAUUGUUAACAGGGGAUUAGUUAUGUUUGAUUUAAAAGGAAUUUUCGUUUUAAAUGAUAAAUACUUAUUAAAUUUUUAUACUAUUUAAUUUUUCCAAUGUAAUACGGUCGUGUUGCUUGUCUCAUUUCAUACUUAAAUUUUUUAUACAAAUAACGUUGCAAUUUUAUUCAGAGAUGUCGCCUCUUUAUAUGUAAAUACUGAAUACUUACAUUUUAAAAGUAUACAUGAAAGUGAACACGUAUAAUUUGUAGCAAUAAGUGUAUUCAUUUUACGUCGCUGAUAAAUGCCUAUUUUUCGUCUUAUACAAAUAAGUAAUAGCACUUGAUACAGUACAUAAAUAUUUUGUAAUAUAGGUAAUAGCAUAGAUAAUAUUCUUACAAUAGUAGUUUUUUUAAUACAUGAAGUAUUAAUAGUACAUAACACAUAAGUUAAAAAUAUGAAGCCAAAUAAUUCUUCCGCUUCUGCAAAUAAGUACCUCAAAUUCAUCUUAUAAAUUAAUCGGUAUAAAAAUGUGUUUUUUAUAUUAUUUUUAUUUCCUUGUCAACAAGGUACAAUUUGAGUUGUUUGAAAUAUUAUUUCUUAGGAGUACUUAAAUUUAGGGUAGCCAUAAGUGGUUAAUAUUUCGUUGUAAGAUGUCAUUUUGAAACUUGCUGCCUGGUAAUAGGUAGAAUGUGUAAUCAUAAUUCCUUAAAGUGCAUUUUUAGCGCCAAAAUGAUGAGGAUUUCUGAAUGUUUUUUUUAAGCAUUGUUUUUGUGUAUAAUAAUCAUAUAGUCAUAGGUACAUGGUUGUUAGGCAUGUAGGUUCCAUUUAGGUACCUUUGAUAGGAAAGAAUAGUUACCAUUGAUUCAUUAAGUGUGUUAUUUACAUACUGUUUUUCAGUGUUUAAGAAUAACAACAUUAUUGAAUAAAUUAAUUCCACUAAUUUACACGAAUACGUAUAAAUUUUUUCAUAUUUAUUACUGAUGUAAACGAUUUUACUCAAAGAGAAAUGUUUUCAUGAAUAAAUUAAAAAGGUGAUUAUACAUCGCGAGGUGAGCGCCGGAAAAAGUAAUUCUCUGACAUCCUACUACUAUUAUAAAGGCGAAAGUUUGUACGGAUGUAUGGAUGUUUGUUACUCUUUCACGCAAAAACUACUGAACCGAUUACCAUGAAAUUUGGUAUGUAGGUAGCUGAAGACCCAGAAUAACACAUAGGCUACUUUUUAUCCCAGAGUUCCCGCGGGAUUGAUAGGGUUUCCAUGCGGACGAAGUCGCGGGCGGCCUCUAGUAAUAUUUAAAUUAAGUAAUAACAUUCUUUAGUAUUCUUAAAAUAACGACGAGUUUUUUCUGUACGGUAGUUGUAGGUAAUCAAAAGCAACCUUCCAUUAAAAUGUAGGUAACCAUUGCGUUGUGCCCCGUUCUUCCGACCCUUUGCAAAUUAGUUAGAAUUUAAAAAAAAAAUUCGGCAUCAAGUUUCAACAACAAAACGUCCCUCCAAUUUAACAUCAUCGAAUUAUACGAAAAAAUCGAUGUUUACAUUAGAAUAGUUGAAAAAAAUAAUAUUUUUGUACAUAUAUUGAACAAGUUAUUCCUAUGUGCAAUACAUAAUGUUAAUUCUUGGCUUAUUUAAGAAUUCGUAGAUUUAAUUAUGACUUACUUAGGUACAGAUUGUAGGUCCCAAAGAAAUCGUCGUAGAAGUAGCGAGGGGUAAAAUUUAUACUAUAACUAGCUGUCACAAUUCAUAUUAUUGGCGAUGCACGGUGAAUCUGCGUGUUCUUUGAUAAUGAUCAACGUUUUUUUUAAAUAAAAGCUGUUUAACAUUAUGGUUAAAAUUUAUUCGUCAAAAUUGCACCAUUGUCGUAGUGAAGUAAGUUUUAUCACACAUCUUGAUCCUAGUUUAAGUAUUACAAAACAUUCCAAUGAAGUAAAACGGCCACUCGAAUAUAUCAAUCUUAAGAUACUAUCGCAAAUAUAUUUUGAUAUGCUAAUAUUUACCUGGUUAAGGUUUAGUUAAGGUAUAACGCCAUGUAUAGAUCAUAAUGUUUAGAAUUUGGAAUAGAAAAAAAGGUAGAUGGAAAUUAAUUGAAUACUGAUCCUUUUUCAUAUUUAGUCGAGUUCGAUUUGAUCAUUAGUAGUUCAGUGAUUUGAGAUAGAACCGGAUCUAAUAGUUUUAAAUCAGCGUAUGUAGGUGCAGCCAAUACAGAAUUUUGGUGGUAAGUAAUCAACUUUCAAUACUAGCAUUUGUAAGGUGAGUUCGCUCACUUGGUACCAGCGGGAACUUACCAGCGGUUUCGGUACUUAGGGCCUUAGUAUAUUUUUAGGUCUUUUGUAUUACCUAUAAGGGUGGUUGUCACACUAAACGCUCGACGGUUUAAUAGACAUGUCGAAAUGGUUCGAAAUUUAUUAUUUGGUAUGAGCCUUAGUCAGCAAAAAAAAAAUGAUAUAUACUUUGGUAUUAUUUGUUAUUAUUAUAGUGACUAGGAAAGAGAUUAGCUAAUAUUAGAAAGGAUUCCAUUGUGUCGUACAUAUUAUACAGAACUGCUGCCUGGAAGCUUUCAAUUCACGAACGUUAAACAUGUCUUAUUUUCUCUCACUUUCCAACUCUUUGGUUGACCUCAGUGAGUGAAAGAUAAGUUACGACUUGUCAAAGCUUGUUUAUAGAACUAGUAAUAGAACGAUAAACGUGACUCGAUUCCAUGAUAUCAACUCUAGCGUAGUGAAUGCCGACCACGAGAACAUAUCGGCGCGCGCGCAGGCCCAGUCUCCGCGCCUAGUCUAAAUAGAUUUUCUAGUCAAUUAGAAUAAGAUUAGUAUUAGACAAUUCCACAUUCCAUAUUUUUGUGAACAUUGUAAUUUUCUUUGUCGAAAUAAAUUUACUUAUUGUUGGUCUUGUCAAAGUUUUUU